AGUUUUAACGCGCACGUUUUAUGAAACGACAACUAUGCGUCGAUGUUCGCUCGCCGAUAAUAAUUAUUCAUAUCGGAACCGCUCCUGCCGACCGAAAUAGCGCAGAUUCGCGAUUUACAUUGUUUACUGGGAAUUACAAAUUUUGAGCGCUCUACUUUUCUUCUCUUUAUUUACUUUUGAAAUUUGCUUUUUUUUCGCGGCCAGUUGUCUCCGCGAAUCUUAAUAGCGGUUAAUCAUAGUUUAUUUUUACCGCGUAAACGUGUGUUAAUAAUUGUGUUGGGGGCCACUCGUUUCUUUUAUUUUGUUUCGUGUUUGCGAAUUGCGGAAGUGUAUUCGCACGGACUGUGAUUUUUUUUAAACGCGAUCUAAUAACAUUGCAGCGUACGAAUUUGUUUCAAAAAGUUUAAUGAUAAGAAGAAUGGACUAGUUUUUUUUUUAAUUCACGUUUUGGCGCGUAGUCGGUGAAGUUAAGGCUGCAUACAGAAAGUUCGGAAAAGUGUUGAACACACAUUGGAUGCUGGCGAGUGUUUUUUCAACGUGUUUUCGAGGCUAAGCGCUAGUUGUUUGAACAAGUGUGUUUUCUAAUGGAUUUAUUUUGAGAUUGUAUUGAAAACAAUUCGAGUUGUAGCUUCAGUCAUUUCAAGAGCGUUGCGACAGCGUGCCGCAAGGCGCUAUUGUGGGAUCACUAUUGUUUUAAAAGUUAGAUUUAUGAAGUGCGGUGUUUAAAUAAACUAGGACACUUUGUGAUUCCUGGAUGUGUCUCCAACGGGACGAAAAGGAUGUUGCAUAUAUAAAUGAAAGGAGACCAAUGGUGCAGUUAGUUCUACGGGGUCCUGAGCCAGCCUUGAACUCCAACCCAGGUGGUGCAGCGAAACCACCGCUACUCAACGCAUUCGAGCUGGACCGCUGUCUGGACCGUGAGGAUUCCGGCAGGUGGGGCGGCGAAGCGGCGCGGCGGCGCCGGCGCAGCUCGCCCCCGCGCCGCGCCUCACCACCCCGUGAUCAUGAACCCCUCUCACUCGCACGGGCGUCAGCUCCUACAUCUCCCACGGUUGGAUCAGCUCACUCGAGCCCAGCGCCGGUAUCACCCGCUGGCAGUGCCGGUGCAGGAGCCGGUGCCCGAUCCCCGCUCCCACUAGUAGCACCCGACCUGUUAGCAAUGCAGCUUCUAGACCAACACACACAGCUUCAAGCGCUUAUGAAGCAGCGCUUGUUCCACCAACAUCAUAUGCAAAAACAGCACAUGACUUCGGAAGCAGCGAAACGGCAACUGGAACAGUCUCGUCUGCAAGACCAGAUCAAUUUGAAUCUGCUCUCACAGUCCCAUCUCCCGCCUCCUGAUUCUUCGCCAGGCUCCUUGCAACAACAACUCGGCGCUCAACAGCAGCAGUUGGUUCAACAACUUCAAGCAGUCCAACGACAGUACCUUAUGCACGGUCCUCUGUCAGUUCCACCUAAUGCACCGCCUAGUCUGAUGCUAUGGGGUGGUGAGGUCGAAGAACAUCCUCUAUUUGGUCGAGGCGUUUGCAAGUGGCCUGGCUGUGAUGCACUAGCUGAGGAUUACCAAGCUUUUCUCAAGCACCUGGAAGCGGCCCAUACGUUAGACGACCGGUCUGCGGCGCAAGCGCGCGUGCAGAUGCAGGUGGUGGCACAGCUGGAGCUGCAGUUAAGGCGCGAGCGCGACCGCCUCGCCGCCAUGAUGCGCCACCUGCACCAGGCACGCGACAACCACCACGCGCCCAAGCAUGCGCAUGGCGGAGCAAGUGAGGGUGCUUCUCCGGGCCCAGUUCGUCGUCGAGUCUCCGACAAGUCAGGCGUGGCUAUUGCAGGUGAGAUUCAACGCAAUCGCGAAUUCUACAAAUCAGCAGAUGUGCGACCACCAUUUACAUAUGCAUCACUAAUUCGACAGGCUAUUAUAGAAUCUCCUGACAAGCAACUCACUCUGAACGAAAUUUACAACUGGUUCCAGACAACAUUUUGUUACUUUAGGCGUAACGCAGCAACUUGGAAGGUAAGUUAAUGUUAAAACUGCACAUUGAUUAAAAAAUACAUCCAAUAAUUAAAAAUAUAUGAACUAAUAACUAUCUAACAGCAUCUUUGCAUCACUUUCGAAAGUAUUAUAAGAUUAUCCUCAUGAUAAUAGAUCAAAUUUUAGAUAUUGUUGAUAAUCUUACACGUGCUAGCUUAUACUCGCAACAGUUGUUACAAUAACUUGUUUAAAUAUUUAAUUUUUGUAUUUAACAAAGAGCUCUUCAU